AGACCUGAAAAUCUUGUUCUCUUUCCUUCACCUUUCUAAUUAUAUUUCCUUUCCCCACCGGGAUUCUUCAGUUACUUUUUGUAAUCAAGGAUAAACAAAUUUGGAUGAGACCUACAUGAUUUUUCUUUAAUUCCUUAUUUCCUUUUGAACUGUCUUAUAAUCUUUUAGUCCUCUGUUGCAAAUAAUCUAAAUUGAAUUACAUAUUAACAAAUGCAUAUGAUCAGGCAAUGGGGCAUUAGCUUCUGUAAAAAAUUGUAUGUCUUUUACUUUCAAGGCUGAUCACACUCUCACAUGUUCGUAUUCUAAUUAAAAUUUCUGCUGUUAUUUGAUAGUUACUUCUUCUGUAGAGAUGGCUAUGUCAACAAAAAACAACUGAAUGCCUGGAUAUUGUGAUGUUCUAGAACAACUCAAAUAGAUAAACUUGGAAACUUCUGCUAGAGAAAAUGUUUUGAUCCAUAUGAAUUUAAUGCAGUUCUUAAGUAUAUCUUUAUUUUUACUGUAUAUUUGUGACCCUUUUCGUUGCCUAAUCAUGUACAUAAAAAAUAAUAGUACCUGUACAUGUGUAUGGAAUUGCCCCAGGAUUCUUUUCCCUGGCUGACUUGGCUCCUGUAUGGAUAAUUGUACCUGUACAUUUUUUUGGUUUAUUCUACCCUAUAAUGAUUUUAUAGGGUUAAAAAAAAAACGAUCUCCUGCAACCCAAUCCGCAACCCUAUAAUGCUUGAAAUUUUCUGUCUGCUCUGGCCUAGUUGGAGAAAAGGUAACAAAAUGCACCGAGGAAAACGAUUCAGAGAUGUGGAGUUCCAGCAGUCUCAGGUGGGAUCUUCUUCUGCUCAGUCCAUGCGAUCCCAGCAGCCCCAGCAGCACGAGUCCGAGUCUCAGCAUGAGUUCCAGUCUCAGCAACAUCCAGGCCAGGAGGUUAUGGAUGACUUGCAUAUCCAAGAUGAACAAGGGAGAGUGAGGUUGACAGGGGUUCCUCUCGAGCACGGGAUGUGUGGCAGCUUCGUGAGGAUAAGAAGAUGGUCGUCGAAUGCAACGAACUAGGGCAGCCCAUCAAGAGGGCUGGAAGCCUUUUAUCAAGUUUCUUAGGAUCAGUUGCGCGUAGGGGUCAGUUGUGUCCGCUCAACUAUCAUAAGUGGAAUGAUAUGCUUCCUUCUUAUAAAGUUGAGCUUCUUAAAUUUGUACAGGUAAAGAAUUG